AUGGCGGACGAAGUUUGGAAACUUUUGGACACAGUUUGUAAGAAAUUAAGGGGAAUCUUAGAAGAAGUGACUACAAAUGAGAAGUCUAAUGGACGCCCUGUCAGAGGUAGCGAUUUUGUAGAAGCAACUGUGCUUGGUGUUACUGCUUUCCCCGUAACUAUUGGAUAUUUACAAACUGCUGUAUUUCGUCCUUUACGUAUAACAAGCAACAAACGUGUUAUAGGGUCAGUGUUUGGAAGUCUUUCUGUGGCUAUUUCUGGAUGUGUGGCAUCAGUUCUUUUUGUUUCUUAUAUUAACUUGUCAAGAAAUAUAACCCCUAGAAUGUUUGAGUUUCACAAAAGGGAUUUUGAUGCUUAUCUUCCUGUGAUCGAAUAUAAAAGCUUCAAAAGUUCAGAUAUUUUGUUGUAUUGUGCUGGAAGUAUGGCUGUUUUCAAAGCAUUCGGUGGUCGUUUUCGGGCAGUUUUACCAAGCAGUCUAAUACAUCCAGGAUCCUUUGCAAGGGCAUGUAUACCUGCCAAUAGUCAAUCUUAUGCAUCACAUAUUGCAAAAGAACAACUAACCAGAUUAGGUAGAAGGCAUGGCUGCCAUUCAUGUGGUAAGAAGAGAGGUAGAUUGUUUGUGGGUGACCACAUCCCUCCAAACAAAUUACUCAAGUCUGGCCAAAAGCAACAUUUUUUUCCUCAAUGCAGCAAAUGCUCAAGUUCACAAGGCGCUGCUCUUAGUAAAAAUACUCAUAAUAUGAAACAUAAACUGAUUAAGACACAUGGUACAACUCUACGACUGUACCACUUGUGGCUUCCAGUGCCAGUAGGAGUGAUGUGGCUGAAAACCAACAGAUGAAUAAGGUAAAUGUACUUUUUGUUACAGCUCAAUACAUGAAGCCCUGGGACACGAAGAAAAAUUUAAACAAUCAGAGUGCA